UUCAUUUGAAGUUCCUUUUCUGUUCUUAUUUUUCCUAUAUUUUAUUUUUACUUUGUUCUUUCUUUUCUUAUUUCCUCUUUAUUUUAUUUUUUUAUUUGUCGUUAAUUUCCUGAUCGCCUUCAUCAUUCUUCGUUUCCCAACUGAGCAAUGAAAGCGUCAAAGCCCACGAUGACCAAGAAACGGUCUACGGAUGUAUCACGGAUCAAAUCCCAGGCUGUCAAGGCCGCCCAAUGUACCAAGGCGACCAAGACAUAUGAAAUAACGGUCAAACGACGAGCGGUCACUGCACGUCGUCCUUGUCCUACACCCCCUGCGGCGAUUCAUCAUGACAUAAGCGAUAUCGCUAAGCGACUCAAACAAAACUUGUCAGCUGCCAUGGCAAAAGCUUCUGCUCUCCCAUCCAUGCAACACGUCAAACCAGAUGAUACCUGCGGCUCCAGCAACAACCACUGCACCUCUGCUGCGUCUCCGUUGUCGUCAUCUGAUUGGCCCACCCCCAAACCCACUUUGCGCAACCUUAAACUGUUGAAAGAAUAUCUAGCAUUUAUUGCACACGAUAGCACCGUUGAUAUCGUGACGACAGAGAAUGGCCACUCAAUUCAUAUAACAACAUCCCCCAGCACUGACUGGAACACCGACACUACCACCACGACCCACUCUCCCGCCUGUUCCCCCGAUGCCACCGAUCAAACCGCACGAUUAGGCGCCCACCUCAUUGAAUCCAUGGUCCAUGACCAUUGCGAAAUGGACAAGUGUCUAGACGACCAACAUGAACCUCAGGAUAAAAAGUCGCAAGCCUGUCGCGCGACACCAUAUACGGCAAGCCGAUUGGAACGACGUCGUCCUGGUCGACCACCUAAACCGAAACAAUUCUUUGAUGAAGAUCCUUGCAACGAUCCAGUCAAGCGAGUGAGGCGGCCAUCCAAAUCGUCCACCCCCGUGAAACGGUGCACGAAAAAGAAACCUGAACAUCAAAUCCAAUGCAUCUGUGACACCCCUCAUGAAGAGUUUGGCGCCAUGGUGCAGUGUGACGAUUGCUCAACAUGGCUUCAUGUGGAAUGUCUGGAUCUGGACGAUCACGCUUUGGAAGAGACUUUCCGUUGUCCAUCUUGCUACAUGACGCUGGGAGCUGGAAAACAAACCAAACUGACAAGUUCCAUGUCGUGGCGAUUUGCUGCGCAAUGGCGAAGUCAACGAUUAGCAGCUUUGCAUAACGAUGAUGCUGCCACCAGUGACGAAGAGGAAGAUGUCGUUGUUAACAGCCACAGCUAUCCAUUGACCGAGAUCACAAAUACUCAGUCACCACGGCUCUGUCGUCCAUCGACGCCUGUUCCCGUAGUCACGCCGUGUGUAUCGAUCGAUCACAGCAACAGCCGUCAUGGUGACGUGACCAAUAAUACCAUCAGCAGAGAAAGCAGCCUGGAACUCGAAUCGGAUGUGGACGCUCGUACACCCGGAUUGAUGAGCUGCAAUACGAAUCCUAUGGAUUGGUCCACCAGCAGCGAAAAUGAUAGUCCCAGCGAAGCGAGCACGCCCGAUCAGACUUUUAGCUGUUUCGAUUCCUUUGAGCCAGCUUCAGAUGAAAUGAUUCACCACGGGAUAACGUUGGAUCCCGAGAGUUUAGAAUUCCUAUCUCGUCUGAUGUACCUUCAAUCCCUGGAUUCAGUAAAAAAGGAACUCUUUGCACCAAAUGCGUCGGACGUGUUUCUCUGUGAAAAUAUCAACAACACCAUUGCAACGACUACGACGGCUGCACCGCCACCUUCACCUGCGGUGGGGUUUGCACCGGAUGCACCACCUUCCAGCAUUUGCUCUCAGGAUCUUUCGGAGUUCUCGUUCGAUUCUGGACCAUUUUGGGAGCCAUUACUCUUCUAAGGCAAAAAAGUGGGUCUGUGCGUUGGACUGUGACUCCGCCCUUUUGUUGUAAAUACCUAUGAAUUGGCUUGUGGAAGUGAUCAUCCAUUCCGUCCAACCCCACUUCUUCCCCUGGUUUUUUUUUCUUCAUUCUUCUACGUGUUUCUCCCCCCUUUUUACUUCUUCGGCCUCUCACACCCCACCCACAUCCAUACACUCGAUCUAACUCUCUUGCUUUUUUUUUUCUCUUUCUAUUUCCCCUCGCUUGUAUCAUACUUUUUAUUCCAUCAUUCUCUGCAUUCCCCCCUUUCCCUUUUCCCAUAUCUCUUUUGUCUUCAAUGACAGAAAAAGUCAAAAAAAAAGACGCCCGAAAGUAUAAUUGUUAUUUGUUUAGUCUGAAUCACCUUCAAAUCGACGAUUUUAUGUACAUAUAGUAAAACCCCCCAUUUUCCUCAAAAAGCCGAUAAAAACAAUCUAU